UCUUCGUGUCUGCUGCCUUGAUCGUAGUUACUGAUAAUUCUGUCUUUAUUUCAAAUUAUGAGUUACAUUAUUAAUAUUCAAAGUUGUACAUAAUUGAGAAAUCUGAUUAAGUUAGCUAAUAUUUCAAGUGGCUUUUAUCGCAUCAUUGAUUUGAUUGGUACGACCAAUUUUUUCUUGCACCUUCCAUCUGGGUUUGAGAUACGUUUUCUUUAAGGGAUUUUUUUUUAAUAAAACAAACAUAUAUUGUAAUUUUAUGCGUACACUUACACGCUAAAUGAGCCUUAUUGCCACAUCGGUAACAUUUUUUUCGCUUAUUUUACUUUCAUUUAUACUGACAAUUUUUUUUCUUUUGAAAUUGCAGCUUGUUUCGGCACGUUUACUAAUUUAUUCUGCUAAGCCUCGUUCUGAAAGUUCCUUUGUUACGGUUGUUCUUAACGCUACUUCGCUAUAAAUGCUUUAAUAACCUAAAAAACACGAACAUUCAAAUACCUUAUCUCAUGCCGAGACGAGAUCUCUCUUUUUCCUUUCUUGUGAAAAUCGUAAGAAUCUCAUUAGUAUCCGUAUACAUCUGACAUAUCUCAAGCUAUUUAUCGCAUUUGCAGCAAAAAAUGUGUUUUCCUCCGGCAAUUGUCAGCCGCUUAAGUUUUCACGUGAAUUUAAUAUAAAAGUCAAGUUGGUCGUCUUUACCAUCGUUUAAACAAACUGGAACGAACAUUGAAAUGAACAGAGAACUUUUGCUGGACAAGCAAAUAAACUUAAGAAAGGCCACCUAGAAGCACUUGCGCAUAAAUGGUCCUAACAACAACAAUACAAUUCGCUAUUCUUGAUGGUAACUAUACCCGCCUGUCGUUAAAAUAGACUUAUGCAUUGCAUUUCCACUUUCACGCCUGAAUACUACCUCUCUUCAGUGCUAGCAGUAAAAGCACAACUGUUGUUUCCUUAUGCAGCCUUCCGGUCAUCCAGUCGGUAUUGCAACAUGUGGCCAUGCUACACAAAGUUCGCUGCUUUAGUAUUUCAAUUAAUACAGAAAAUCUUAUAAGGUUUUCAACCAGAAAUUCGCCCCUCGUGGUAACUGUUUUUCGCAAUUCUGGCUGCUAUUGAACUCAAAAAAGUCAACGCGAAAAAAAGGUUCGAUCUAAUUGAAAAGGUAAUCGUAUCGAGAAAUUCGCCCUUCCAAGUUAUAAUCAAUACGCGAUGCGUUUGGCACAUAUUUGACCCAAAACUAGAGUUUUAUCAAUCAAAAAAAGCGGUCAGUAAAAGGUUGCUUGUUUUGAUAAGCACUCGGAAAUAAAUGGCAAAUUAUUAAUGCUUUUUAAAAACAAUUUUCUCUACGAGGUUUGUCCUUUUCGUUUUUUGAAUUAAUUAGGAUAGCUCGGUAUUCAAGUUAUUACUUUGUAAUUUAUGAAAGAAAUUGUAAGCCUUGAAAAGGAAGCUUCAUACCGCCUACGAAAUAUAUUCACGAUCAUUACCAAAUACUGAAUGGAUCUUUGUAAUUCCCCCUAUCCAUCUGCGUGAAUGUCUGUGGUAAACCUCCCGUCGGUCGCAAUAAUAAGGAUAUUACUUUCAAAUUUGGCAAAACAUUGGAGGCUCUUCCAUGCGCGUUGCUGUUGGAAAUGGACAUGCUCUAAUAGCACCGUCUUUUUAAACCACAAGUAAACUGCGUUUUUUACUCAAAAACUACAAUUUCCAUGAAUUGUAUAGUCAAUCCUACCAAAUUGCACAAAAAUUAAACAAAGGAUGUAAUGAUAUGGUAAUUGUAUGUUUUCAAUCAAGCCUAUAAUAAAGAUUAUUACAAUUUUAACAGACUAAAAAUGGAAAAUAAAACCUGGAAAUUCUUUCUUCAGGAGAAUGAGAGUGUGAUAGAAAACGAAACAAUUUAAAACGAAAAAAAUUAUAUAUUUUAUGGAAAAUGUCGACAAAAACUUCAAUUUCACCCGUUGGCAACAGCGCAUCAUCUGCGAAUUCUUCACCUUGCAUUGCAGACUGUGCAGCCGCUGUAAGAAUUAAGAAGGAAUUACCCAGCGACGAAAUCAAGGAAUAUGCUGAAACUACAAUGAACGAACUACUCGGUUGGUAUGGUUUUGAUGGUGUUGAUCGUUCAGAUCUGUCGCCAAACAAUCUUUUCGAAAGACUUAGCUGUAAUAAAAAGGUGGCAACUCUCCUACCACAUCAGCAACGUAGAGAGCAUUAUCAACAAGAAAUUGAGUACUUACGUCACCAGAAAAACAGUACCAAUAACAGCAACAGCUCAAGUAUAUCUAUGAGUUGUCGCAGUUAUCGCACUACCUUAGGAGAUGACAAAAGCAGUUUGUGUGAAGAUGAUUGCAAAAGUACUCAUCCCGCCCAUAGAAUUCAUAAGAAAUCAUCUUUUGUAGCGGAAGAAAAAAUCGACUUUGUGAAUUGCUGUUGGUGUCACAGACCAGUACCAGAUAACGCGCCUGAAUAUCUUAGGAUAUCAGAUGGACCGCGAUUUUGUUCCGAGUCAUGCUUCACUCAGAGUCGUAGGGCGUCAUUUAAAAAGGCUAAGACAUGUGACUGGUGCAAGCAUGUGAGAAAUGCUGUUAACUAUGUGGAUUUUCAAGAUGGUGCUUCGCAACUGCAGUUCUGUUCAGAUAAGUGUUUAAAUCAAUACAAAAUGCAAAUAUUCUGCAAAGAAACUCAAGCUCAUCUAGACAUGAACCCUCAGUUGAGGGAACAGGGAUUGGAGGCGGCUAAUAGUGGGAUUGGACUUAUUACACCAGAUCUUUGGUUGAAAAAUUGCCGAAGUCGUUCAGCUUCUCCAUCUUCAACGGUUUCACUAUCGCCUGUUAUGGUAACGAGUAGGUCAGGAAGAUCCUCUUUGAGUCCGGUGCGUUUACCGUUGCAGAGUAAAAACAGUUUGAGUUUAUCGCCAAUAACAGAAGCGACUCGCAAACCUUUAAUUUCCGUAGCUCCAACAUCAAAGUUAAUAUCAAAAAGUUGUAAUAUAUCGUCAAUCCGAACGCCAACAAAACAUAGUCGUAAGAAACGUCCAUUAAGAUCUUCUAUGCUGGCAGCACAAGUUGAAGACGAAGUGAAGACAAAUUGUCCGGCAACUCCCAGCACAAAAAGCUGCCUGGACAAAGCGAAAGAACAGCUAGCGCAACCUUCCAUCAGCAGCUACUCCAGUAAUAAUAUAUAUUACAGCAAUGAGAGCCAACAUGGGCCACCAUCAUUAGUUCAAAUGGCAAGCGGUGGUACUCAGGGUGACGCUAUGAGUAUGCCAUGUUUGUCUCCCGUGAUGGAAAGUCAUAUGCCGAAGUCCACCGUGUCACAGAAGGUACUACCUUCAUCUGGUCAAGAAAAAAUUUUAGGAAAAAAAUUAGAAUCUAUUGCAUCUCCAACAUCUGGAGCUCAAUUAUUAAAUGAUAACUCGAGCGUUCCUCACACAUUAACGCAUCCAAAUAUCUCGGCUCUGAACGCCCUAAUUAGUACACCGCAUCCCAUGACUAUCAUGAUACCCUAUCCGGUAAUUAUACCCCUGCCUAUACCAAUACCAAUACCGCUACCAGUAGUAGAUUUUUAUAAUGCUCAUAUGAUAUCUGGUGAAUGCGAAAAGCUCGAAGCUGAAAAAGCACAAAAAUCGAAAACUGAAGAAAGAGUGGACAGCAAACUGGAAUCUGCAGAGCAAGCUCUAGAUUUUACACAGACCCGCGAACCUGAGAAAAAGUGGAAGCAAAGAAAAGAAGAGUAUCGUUCUUUGGUUGGUGCUGGCGGAACUGAUGUCAGUAAAAUAGAAAAUCCCCAAAAAAUCUUAAAUGCAAGUUCAGAGAAAACGUUGCAUUGUGCGGGAAACACCGAGACAAUGGAAUCAAACGAGACUGUAAUGACGGAUGAUAGUUCGGGCAACCCAAGUGACGAAAACGAAGUAUGUAGUGACAAGUUCACAUGUCGUAAAUUACCUAAACUGAAGAUAACACGCUCACGUACGAAACGAACCCUUAUGCAAACCAAAGAAUACGAAUGCUCGAGGCCUUUGCGGAAGCGAAAGCGAAUAAUAGAUUGUGACUUCCAAAAAAUGCCACUCAAGGAUCCAAACCAACAUGAAAGCAAUCAUUAUUUCAAUGAAAAUGAACGUGAUAAUAAUUAGAUAUCUAAGCUUUGAAUGGUGAUGGCAUAGGAAAGGAAGAAGAUUACUGCGAAAAAGUGCUUUAAAACGAGAAUUUGGAUAAGAAAAAAAUAUAAAAAUAAAUUGGCUUUGUGAAUAUACUUUUAUAUUGAGCACCGAAGGAAGCAGAUAUCGCUUAUUGAAACCCUUAUAGUCUCAAAAAUAUAAAUACAGCUUUCCAAUUGUGUAACAAUAAAACAAGCCCCAAAAACCAAAAAUGUGUGCGCAGCAGAUAUC